AUGGCAUUGUCUCAAAUUAGCAGUGGGGACCUAAUCUAUGUUUUCCUAUCUUUUUCCCCUCCUCAGCCGGGUUUGCCGGACCACAAGAAGCAGGAGAUCCAGGCUAAUUUACACCAUCCACUGAACCGCCGUCAGACCACAGAAGACUCUGAGGAUGAGGCAGACGAUGAGCGUUAUGAGCAGGGUCGCAUCGAGACCAAGAAGGGUGUGGAGAUUGAUCGAGCUAGUGCUGGUGCCCUCAGACGAUCAAAGGCAGAGAAGUCUGCGGAUCAGGAGGAAGAGGAUGAAUUUGGAUACACCAAAAGUAAGUGUUCCAUGAAACAUUUGUUUAAAGAUUUGUUGAUUCUUCCAGUAUGGCAUAUCAGUGUUAUGUAUCUUUAA